GCCAAUCCAUGAGUUCAACUUGAGUGGAGCGAAAUCCGAAAAUAGACGCUAUCCGCCACAGACGGUGACACUAACCACUUGCGAAUAGCCACACGGCGUCACGCUGUUCUCUCUACUCGAAAAAGAAAAAAAAGAAAAAAAGGGACUCCCAAAAAAUCAACCGAAUGUAGCAGGCGGCAACCACCUUCGCAACGAAUAGCCGUUCGAUGAAAGGGCAAGGUGUUUGCGAAGAGAGCGAAAUCAGCAAUCAGCGUCAGGCCCAAGCUUCCUGAGGGAAUCACAGGCGUCCUUCUCUGGAUGAUUGAUUUUCAUUAAAUAUAUAUAUAAAAUUUUAUUUUUUCUUUAAAAGGAAAGACAAGAAAAAACAAUUUAAAUGGACUUGCAAAUCAAGGUAGCCCAAGCUGUUCAUGUCCUCAACCACGACACUCAGUCCUGUAACCGCGUGGCUGCUAAUCAAUGGUUGGUUCAGUUCCAGCAAACUGACGCUGCUUGGGAAGUCGCCACUUCUAUUCUAACUUCCGAUCAGCUUCAUCUCCAUCACCAGCUUUUUUUCUCCGAUUUCGAAGUCGAGUUUUUUGCGGCACAGAUUCUUAAGCGAAAGAUCCAGAGUGAAGGAUAUUAUUUGCAGUUAGGAGUCAAAGAUGCUUUAUUAAAUGCUCUUCUUGUGGCUGCCAAAAGAUUUAGUUCAGGCCCUCCCCAGCUUUUGACUCAAAUUUGUCUUGCACUUGCUGCCCUUAUACUACGUGCUGCUGAGCAUGGAAAACCUAUUGAGCAGCUUUUUUACAGCCUUCGGACUCUGCAGAACCAGGAUGAUAGUAAUAUGGCUGUUCUGGAGAUGCUUACUGUUCUCCCAGAAGAAGUUGUUGACACUCAAAAUGCUGAUGGUAACAUUAGUCCAGCUCAUAGAAGCCAGUAUGGCCAAGAGCUUCUUUCUCAUACUCCUACGGUGCUUGAGUUCCUCCUGGAGCAAUCUCAGAAAACAUAUGAUGGUGGUAUUCAACUGCAUGAGAGGAAUAGAAAAGUUCUCCGAUGCUUGCUGAGUUGGGUACGAGCUGGGUGCUUCUCAGAAAUUCCACAAGGCUCACUACCAACACAUCCACUUCUUAAUUUUGUAUUCAAUUCUUUGCAGGUUUCGUCUUCAUUUGAUUUGGCAAUUGAAGUGCUUGUUGAACUUGCAAGUCGACAUGAGGUAGGCCAAUGCCAUAUGGGUCUACCUCAGGUUUUGUUAUGCAGAGUACAUUUUCUUAAAGAGGUACUCCUCCUACCUGCUCUCAACAAUGGAGACGAGAAGAUAAUCAGUGGUCUUGCAUGCUUGAUGUCUGAAAUUGGGCAGGCUGCACCAUCUCUGAUUGUGGAGGAAAGUGUCGAGGCACUUGCGCUGGCAGAUUCGCUACUGAGCAGCUGUGUAGCAUUUCCAAGUGAAGACUGGGAGAUUGCAGACUCAACAUUGCAGUUUUGGUCUACACUUGCAAGCUAUAUUCUCAGCCCUGAUACAGAGAGUUCAAAAAAUGGGAAACAUGUGGAAGAUGUGUUUUUUUCCGUUUUUUCUGCAUUGCUUGAUGCUCUUUUAUUGCGUGCUCAGGUUGAUGAAUCUACAUUUAAUGAUGAUAGUGGAAUGCUUGACCUGCCAGAUGGUCUUGUCCAGUUCAGGAUGAAUCUUGCAGAACUUUUGGUGGAUAUUUGUCAAUUACUAAGACCUGUGACAUUUGUACAAAAGCUUUUCUUUGGUGGAUGGGCAUCUGUAAAUAUACCAGUGCCUUGGAAAGAGGUGGAAGCCAAAUUGUUUGCUCUUAAUGUGGUCUCUGAAGUAGUCCUUCAGGAGGCCCAGACUUUUGACUUUUCGGUGAUCAUACAGUUGGCAACUAUGUUGUCUAUUAGGCCUUCAGACAAGCUCAAGGGAUUCAUGUGCAUUGUAUACAGAUCACUUGCAGAUGUUGUUGGCUCCUUUUCCAAGUGGAUUUCUACCUUUCAAACUAAUGCUAGGCCAUUAUUAUUAUUUCUUGCUGCAGGGAUUUCGGAGCGUCAAUCCUCAAAUGCUUGUGCCUCUGCCCUGCGUAAACUUUGUGAAGAUGCCUCCCCUGUGAUUUAUGAACCCUCAAAUCUGGAAAUUUUAAUGUGGAUUGGGGAGGCUUUGGAGAAGAGGCAUUUACCUUUGGAAGAUGAGGAAGAAGUAGUUAGUGCAAUAAGCAUGAUCCUUGGCUCUGUUCCGAAUAAGGAGCUAAAGAACAAUCUGUUGGGUAGACUGCUAUCUUCUAGCUAUGAUGCUAUAGGAAAACUUAUUGAUGAAGACAGCUUUCAUUCUCUUAGACAAAAUCCAGCCACUUAUACACAACUUUUGAACUCUGUGGCAAGAGGUUUGUACAGGAUAGGAACUGUAUUUAGUCAUCUUGCUACACCUCUACCUAGUAUGCCUGGUGCAGAUGAUACUAUAUUUGAACUACUGAGGGUUUUCUGGCCCGUGUUAGAGAAACUAUUCAGGUCUGGACAUAUGGAGAGUAGCAAUUUAUCUACUGCAGCUUGCCGGGCUCUUUCACUAGCAAUUCAGUCCUCUGGGGAGCACUUUGUAAUGCUAUUGCCUAAUGUUCUAGAUUGCCUAUCCAGUAAUUUUCUGUUAUUCCAAAGUCACGAAUGUUACAUAAGAACAGCAUCUGUUGUUAUUGAAGAAUUCAGUAAUAGAGAGGAGUAUGGACCCUUGUUUGCCACAACUUUUGAAAGAUUUACUCAAGCAGCAUCAGUAAUGGGUCUAAAUUCGUCAUAUAUAUGUGACCAAGAGCCAGAUUUAGUGGAGGCAUAUGCAAAUUUUGCAUCCACAUUUGUUCGUAGCUCUCGUAAGGAAGUAUUAGCUGCAUCUGGUUCCCUUCUUGAAGUCUCCUUCCAAAAGGCAGCUAUAUGCUGUACCGCUAUGCAUCGUGGAGCAGCACUGGCAGCAAUGUCAUAUUUGUCAUGUUUUUUGGAGGUGAGCCUGGCCUCUUUGCUGGAAUCGAGAACUUCUAUUCCUGAAGGAUCAUAUGGUGCCAUAACAAUUCAGGUCAUAUCUCGUAGUGGCGAGGGACUAGUUUCAAGUGUGGUGUAUGCUUUGCUUGGUGUCUCAGCAAUGUCACGGGUUCACAAGUGCGCAACAAUCUUGCAACAAUUGGCUGCCAUUUGCAGUUUCAGUGAGAGAACAACUUGGAAGGCUAUUCUCUGUUGGGAAUCUUUGUGCGGUUGGCUACAUGCAGCGGUGCAGGCUCUUCCAGUCGAGUAUCUAAAGCAGGGAGAAACCGAAACUCUUGUCCCUGUUUGGCUGGAAGCCCUUGUCGGUGCUGCAUCGGACUAUCUUGAUAGUAGAAGUUGCAACGGUGGGAAGAACAAUUAUGGGCAUAUGCAAGGUAAAGGAGGGAGAGGUUUGAAGCGAUUAAUUCGAGAAUUUGCUGAUAGUCACCGCAAUGUUCCAUCCCAAAUUUAAGAUAUCUCAACAUCCAAAUAUAACCGAACCGGUCCAUAGCUUCAAGAGCUUUUGUCUAGUGAGCCUGUUGCUGCUGGUGUUCUAUCAUAGCUAUACAUUGUUGGCUUGCAAUCAGGCAAAGAAAAUCCUGGGGGGUGUAUCUUUUGAGCAAUGUCCCCACGUUGUAAUUACUUCCCUUACUGCCCCUUUUUUCUGCUGUGUACAGUGUUCUCCAAAAUCCCAAUUUUGUGAAACCUUCCGAUUAAAUGUAGGAUAUACAGAUUUUCUCAUUAGCUUGAGUGUACCAAUCUGCAACUGCGGCGGCUAGAGUAGAUACGAUGGUAUAGAGUAUUUAUUACUUGGGAAUAAACCAAUGCGAAUGCUUUUCCAAUUUCCAAGCAUGAAUGAAAUCCUUUUGUUAGCUCUUUAGACAA